AUGGGACAGCAGCAGAUCCUGGCCCUGGGUUUAUAUCUGACCAGUUUCCCUAGUCAAAUAAAAGUAUGGACAUGGGGCAUAGCUUUGUUAGUCUUCCGGUUUGUCAUCAAACUCCACUCCAGCCAGAUGCCAGCUGUUGCUCAAGUACAUGUAAAUGUUGUUAAGUAUGUGUCAGCUACUGAACAAAGAUUAGAAAACGAAAAUACCUAUAUUGUUCAGAGUUCAAGUUCUAGUAGCUCUAGUUCCAGUAGUUCAAGUUCAAGUAGUUCAAGCUCAAGUAGUUCUAGUUCAAGUAGUUCAAGCAGCUCAAGUUCAAGUAGUUCCAGCUCAAGCGCAAGUGGAAGUAGUAGAAGUAAUAUUGUUUCAAGCAAUUCUAAGUCAAGUUCUUUGAGUAUCAUUUCAAGCAUAUCUACUUCAGUCAGUGAACCUUGCAGCUCUGAAUUAAAUAGCCAGAGCAGUUUGAGUUCUGUUAUAUCAGUUUCAAGAAGUAAAUUUAGUACAUGCGCAAGUAUUAUCAGCACUUCUAGUAGUAAAUCCACAUCAAGCAACCUUGGCAGUUCAAGCAGCUCAGACUGCAUAAUGUUAUCAAGUAGUAUAAGUAGCAUUAUUUCAAGCAGUUCUAUGUCGAGUACCUUGAACAUUGUUCAGAACAUAUCUAGUUCAGUCAGUGAAUGUUCACUAGGAGAAGUGAGCUCCUCUUCGAGUGGUUCCAUUUAUUCCUCAUGUAUACCAAGUAGCCUUGCUUCAAGAAGUUCCAGUUGUGUUAGUCCAUCCUCAAGCAUUGAAAGUAGCUCCUUCUCAAGCAGUAAAUCUCUUCCCAGCAGUUCUAUAUCAAGCUUAAUAAGUCUCAGUAUAUCAUGUAGUGCACUGAUAUCAAGUAGCUGUACAGGCAGUGGAAGUAAUAUUGCUUCCAGAAGCUCUGAGUCAAGUAGUUUGAGUUCAGUUAUAUCAGUUUCAAGAAGUGAAAUUGGCUCAAGUAGUUCAAAUUCAAGCAGUAUUCGUAAAUCCAUAUCAAGCAGCCAUGGUAGUCCGACCAUUACAAGCUCAAGCAGCAUAAUGGUAUCAUGUAGUUCUCCUGGAAGCAGUUCUUUGUCAAGUAGCUUAAGAAGUAUUCCAUAUGUAUCUAGUUCAGUCAGUGAAUGUUCACUUAGUAAAUCUCUUCCUAGUAUUUCUCUUCCAAGUUCAAUGAGUCUCAGUAAGUCCUGCAGUGCAAUGAUAUCAAGUAGCUGUUCAGGCAGUGAGAGUAAUAUUGUUUCCAGCAGCUCUGAAUCAAGUAGCCAGAGCAGUUUGAGUUCUGUUAUAUCAGUUUCAAGAAGUGAAAUUGGCUCUAGCAGUAUUCCUAAAUCCAUAUCAAGCAGCCAUGGCAGUCCAAGCAUUACAAGCUCAAGCAGCAUAAUGGUACAAUGUAGUUCUCCUGGAAGCAGUCCUUUGCCAAGUAGCUUGAGUAGUAUUCCAUAUGUAUCUAGUUCAGUCAGUGAAUGUUCAUUUACUAAAUCUCUUCCUAGUAUUUCAAUUCCAAGUUCAAUGAGUCUCAGUAAAUCCUGCAGUGCAAUGAUAUCAAGUAGCUGUUCAGGCAGUGAGAGUAAUAUUUUUUCCAGCAGCUCUGAAUCAAGUAGCCAUAGCAGUUUGAGUUCUGUUAUUUCAGUUUCAAGAAGUAGUUCAUGUUCCAGCAGUAUCAGUGCUUCUAGUAGUAAAUCGAUAUCAAGCAGCCAACACAGUUCAAGCUUUACAAGCUCUAUCAGUCCAAGUAGUUCAAGCAGCAUAAUGGAAUCACGUAGUUCUGGAAUUACAAGUAGUAUUGUUUCAAGCAGUUCUUUGUCGAGUAGCUUGAGUAUUGUUCAAAACAUAUCUAGCUCAGUCAGUGAAUGUUCACUAAGGGAAGUGAGCUCAUCUUCAAGUAGUUCCAUUUAUUCAUCAUGUAUACCAAGUAGUCUUGUUUCAAGAAGUUCCAAUUUUGUUAGUCCAUCUUCAAGAAUUGAAAGUAGCCCCUUUUCAAGCAGUGAAUCUCUUCCCAGCAGUUCUAUAUCAAGCUUAAUAAGUCUCAGUAUAUCAUGUAGUGCACUGAUAUCAAGUAGCUUUACAGGCAGUGGAAGUAAUAUUGCUUCCAGCAGCUCUGAGUCAAGUAGCCAGAGCAGUUUGAGUUCUGUUAUAUCAGAUUCAAGAAGUGAAAUUGGAUCAAGUAGUUCAUGUUCAAGCAGUAUUCGUAAAUCCAUAUCAAGCAGCAAUGGCAGUCCAAGCAUUACAAGCUCAAGCAGCAUAAUGGUAUCAUGUAGUUCUCCUGGAAGCAGUCCCUUGCCAAGUUGCUUGAGUAGUAUUCCAUAUGUAUCUAGUUCAGUCAGCGAAUGUUCAUUUGCUAAAUCUCAGCCUAGUAUUUCUUUUCCAAGUUCAAUGAGUCUAUGUAAAUCCUGCAGUGCAAUGAUAUCAAGUAGCUGUUCAGGCAGUGAGAGUAAUAUUGUUUCCAGCAGCUCUGAAUCAAGUAGCCAUAGCAGUUUGAGUUCUGUUAUUUCAGUUUCAAGAAGUAGUUCAUGUUCCAGCAGUAUCAGUGCUUCUAGUAGUAAAUCGAUAUCAAGCAGCCAACACAGUUCAAGCUUUACAAGCUCUAUCAGUCCAAGUAGUUCAAGCAGCAUAAUGGAAUCACGUAGUUCUGGAAUUACAAGUAGUAUUGUUUCAAGCAGUUCUUUGUCGAGUAGCUUGAGCAUUGUUCAAAACAUAUCUAGCUCAGUCAGUGAAUGUUCACUAAGAGAAGUGAGCUCAUCUUCAAGUAGUUCCAUUUAUUCAUCAUGUAUACCAAGUAGUCUUGUUUCAAGAAGUUCCAGUUGUGUUAGUCCAUCUUCAAGCAUUGAAAGUAGCUCCUUCUCAAGCAGUAAAUCUCUUCCCAGCAGUUCUAUAUCAAGCUUAAUAAGUCUCAGUAUAUCAUGUAGUGCACUGAUAUCAAGUAGCUGUACAGGCAGUGGAAGUAAUAUUGCUUCCAGCAGCUCUGAGUCAAGUAGCCAGAGCAGUUUGAGUUCUGUUAUAUCAGUUUCAAGAAGUGAAAUUGGCUCAAGUAGUUCAAGUUCAAGCAGUAUUCGUAAAUCCAUAUCAAGCAGCCAUGGCAGUCCAAGCAUUACAAGCUCAAGCAGCAUAAUGGUAUCAAUUUGCUUGAGUAGUAUUCCAUAUGUAUCUAGUUCAGUCAGUGAAUGUUCAUUUACUAAAUCUCAUCCUAGUAUUUCUAUUCCAAGUUCAAUGAGUCUCAGUAAAUCCUGCAGUGCAAUGAUAUCAAGUAGCUGUUCAGGCAGUGAGAGUAAUAUUGUUUCCAGCAGCUCUGAAUCAAGUAGCCAUAGCAGUUUGAGUUCUGUUAUUUCAGUUUCAAGAAGUAGUUCAUGUUCCAGCAGUAUCAGUGCUUCUAGUAGUAAAUCGAUAUCAAGCAGCCAACACAGUUCAAGCUUUACAAGCUCUAUCAGUCCAAGUAGUUCAAGCAGCAUAAUGGAAUCACGUAGUUCUGGAAUUACAAGUAGUAUUGUUUCAAGCAGUUCUUUGUCGAGUAGCUUGAGCAUUGUUCAAAACAUAUCUAGCUCAGUCAGUGAAUGUUCACUAAGAGAAGUGAGCUCAUCUUCAAGUAGUUCCAUUUAUUCAUCAUGUAUACCAAGUAGUCUUGUUUCAAGAAGUUCCAGUUGUGUUAGUCCAUCUUCAAGAAUUGAAAGUAGCUCCUUUUCAAGCAGUAAAUCUCUUCCCAGCAGUUCUAUAUCAAGCUUAAUAAGUCUCAGUAUAUCAUGUAGUGCACUGAUAUCAAGUAGCUUUACAGGCAGUGGAAGUAAUAUUGCUUCCAGCAGCUCUGAGUCAAGUAGCCAGAGCAGUUUGAGUUCUGUUAUAUCAGAUUCAAGAAGUGAAAUUGGAUCAAGUAGUUCAUGUUCAAGCAGUAUUCGUAAAUCCAUAUCAAGCAGCAAUGGCAGUCCAAGCAUUACAAGCUCAAGCAGCAUAAUGGUAUCAUGUAGUUCUCCUGGAAGCAGUCCUUUGCCAAGUAGCUUGAGUAGUAUUCCACAUGUAUCUAGUUCAGUCAGUGAAUGUUCAUUUACUAAAUCUCAUCCUAGUAUUUCUAUUCCAAGUUCAAUGAGUCUCAGUAAAUCCUGCAGUGCAAUGAUAUCAAGUAGCUGUUCAGGCAGUGAGAGUAAUAUUGUUUCCAGCAGCUCUGAAUCAAGUAGCCAGAGCAGUUUGAGUUCUGUUAUUUCAGUUUCAAGAAGUAGUUCAUGUUCCAGCAGUAUCAGUGCUUCUAGUAGUAAAUCGAUAUCAAGCAGCCAACAGAGUUCAAGCUUUACAAGCUCUAUCAGUCCAAGUAGUUCAAGCAGCACAAUGGAAUCACGUAGUUCUGGAAUUACAAGUAGUAUUGUUUCAAGCAGUUCUUUGCUCGAGUAG